CGGACACGAAGUAGGUGUAUAAAUUGGCAUUUGGCCUUCGAUAUAUUUUUUACUCUCUGUUCGAAACUACUGUUCUCUACAGCUUUUGUCUCUACGUCAUUUCGAAUCCCCGUACUACUCCAAACUCAAAAUGAAGGCUUCGAUAUUGCUUGCGGCGGCGUUUGUAUCGCUGGCCGCUGCCAACCCAGUAGCGGUGCCAGAGCCGCAGAAGACACCUGUUCUACCCUCGCCAUGCUGGUGCAAGCCGCCGAUUUGCCCGAUGGAGCUCAUUGCGGAGUGCAGAUGCAAGAACGCAGCGGCGCAGGCGUGCUACGAAUCCUAUCUAGCCAAGGGCAUUGAGUGUCCCAAGCCUACACCAAGCGUCUGCGGUGUCGUAGCCCGCGCCGCAGAAACACACAAACCGACGAAGCCGAUCCCGACUCCGCCUGUUGUAACACCCGUGGUUCCCCGCUGCGGCGGGCUCAUGGGUCUUGCGUGCCCGACGGGGUACAAGUGCGUGGAUGAUCCGAGGGAUAUGUGUGAUCCGACGCAGGGGGGCGCGGACUGCAUUGGGAUUUGCGUGCGGAGGACUGAGGAGAUGCCGCCGUGCGGAGGGAAGAUGGGAGCGCAGUGUCCGGAGGGCUGGGUCUGCGUGGAUGAUGCGAGUGAUGGGUGUGAUCCUGAGUUGGGAGGGAAGGACUGUGGAGGUGUUUGCGUGCUGGGUCCUGUUUUGGGAUAGGGCGCAGGAGCUGGAAAAGUUUGUUAUUGGGAAAAUAGGAUGCGUUCAGGCUUAACGGGACUUCUGCCUCUAGCUAUUCUAUUUGGGUGCGCUGGAUCAUAGUCAUACAAUGUGGUCUGGGGUAGGGAGUCGCUCGCGGAGCUGAAUUCUGUGAAGCAACCACGCACUUUUCAAGAUCGCUCGCGGUGCUUGCGUGAGCUGUUUUUCGUGUUUCACUCUCGCAGACCCGUAGAAGUGCUCAAUUUCCCUCCAGUCCAGCCUUUCAUUAUCACUAUCCAGAAAUACUCCCAACCCCCGUCCAUACCACGUGCCGCAUGAAACGUAUCUUUACCCAAAUGAACCGCGGCAUUACACCUCCGCACCCC